AUACCGGCAGGUGCGUUGCUUGGUGGCUGAACCCGGCCUUGGCAAUGAGCCACACGUGGCUUGAUUUCGUCAUCGCGUGCCGUCAUCCCGAGGUGUCAAAACUUACGACCUUUGGCGGAGCAGCGGAUGGUUGAUACCAGGCUAUAGACCGUAAAUGCUUCGUUUGUAUUAUGCUGUGUAACUUGCUUUGGGCCGCACGCAUGUUUAGGCCCAGACGUUCCCACGUGCUAGCGUCAAUGUCCGCGGUCUCCGCGGGAUGGGGCUAUUGAAACCCAACGCUCACCAUCUUGGCAUUUAAUUUUUUGCGGCACGUUGGAGUGAUACACCAAACUAUCGACUUUUCGAAAUGGUACUCCAAGCUAUCAAAUACUCGCGCGGCCAGCUCGAGAUUCUCGACCAGCUGAAACUACCCCACGCUGAAGAAUAUGAUGGCAUCUACUCCAGCACUGAUGCAUGGCACGCAAUCAAGGAUAUGCGAACGCGAGGAGCGCCAGCUAUCGCCAUAGUCGCUGCUCUCGCUCUCGCAGUUGAGCUCACAAACACGAAGCUUUCUUCAGUAGCAGAAGAGGUCAAGAUUUUCAUUACAGAAAAGCUGGACUACCUGGUAACGAGCAGACCAACUGCCGUCAACCUUGCAGACGCAGCUGGCAAGCUUCGGAAAAUUACCGAGGAAGCUGCUGCGAGUGAGGGAGCGAGUGGAGAAGCCGUGAGAGAAGCAUAUGUUGCCGCUGCCGAGAAGAUGUUGGUCGACGACGUGAGCGACAAUGAGAAUAUCGGCAAGCAUGGCGCGGAGUGGAUAAUGAAAAAUACGGAGGCAGGAAAGCAGGGACCUGUGAGCAUGAUGACACACUGCAACACCGGAUCCCUCGCAACUGCAGGAUAUGGUACAGCGCUUGGAGUGAUCCGAUCUCUACAUGCCAAUGGAUCGUUGAAGCACGCCUUCUGCUCUGAAACGCGACCAUACAACCAAGGCUCCAGACUGACAGCAUUUGAGCUGGUCCACGACAAGAUACCGGCAACUCUCAUCACAGACUCCAUGGCCGCAGCGCUACUCCGACUACGGGGUGGAAGCGAGAAUAUUGCGGGUAUCGUGGUUGGUGCUGACCGGGUGGCCGCAAAUGGUGAUACUGCCAACAAGAUUGGAACCUAUUCAUUAGCCAUUCUUGCAAAGCACCACGGCGUCAAGUUCCUGGUUGCAGCACCGAGGACUACUAUUGACCUGAAGACCAAAUCGGGGUCAGACAUCGUCAUCGAAGAACGCCCAGGGAAGGAAGUGACGCUCGUCAAAGGACCGAGACACGAUGGAGUCACGCUAGAUCUUGGUGUUGUUGAGACUAUCAGUAUUGCAGCCAACGGUAUCGGUGUAUGGAACCCAGCUUUUGACGUCACACCUGCAGAACUUAUUGAUGGUAUUAUCACCGAGGUAGGUGUGGUUGAGAAGGACAGCAAUGGUGUGUUCCAUUUGGAUGAAGUCUUUAAGAUGGAGGGUUCCGAAGUAAAGCCCUCGACUGUCGGUGGCUUGUGAACAGGUACCCAAGAGCACGUACAAGCGCAUGCUAUGCCCCCUUAAUGCUAAGACUCCAACAUGUCCAUUCUGCUAAGAGCGCAUUGAUCAUGCUUGUAUCCAUCCUCGC